UAAAGACAAAUAUAAUUAUUGACAAUGUUUGUAUAUAACAUUAAACCUGGCUCUAGUGAAGAAGAGGAAGAAGAAGAUGUGAUGGACAUUCUGCAGAAAAGACGAGAAGAAUGCGAACGCAAAGCAAGAAGGGGGGAGAUGGACCCCCGUCUGGAGUUUACAUUCCAACUCCUGAUCGACGGGACGGGGCUGCCAAGACAUGCUAUAAUGGAUCAUGUUUUCGAAGGAAACAUGUUAGACGAUAUCAACCAACUGUUUCUCCCACACAUGAGAAAUAAACUUCUGUGGUAUUACCAAGAUGUGGAAGAAGUUGAACAGCGUCCGCCAGUGGAGGGCAAGCCUCGACAGCAGGGCCAGGCGAAACUACCGCCUCCGCAAGUCACACUCAAGAAGAAAUUGUUUUUAUCCGAUGGUUGGGACGUAAAGUUCACUGGCAUAUGUAUCUACAUGUUCAGAAUAAACGUCAGUAAGCAGUUACCUGAAGAAGGAUUUCAUAAAGAUUUGUUUUGUGGGAUUUUAAACGCUGGUAAAGUAGGUUUGGUGACGGCUAUAGAACGUGUAAUGGAGCACGUGUAUAUGAACGCUCUGGCUCACCCGAGCAUAUGUGAAGAUGUUUGCAAUCAAGUGAAUUUAUUUGAUGAUGGGAAAGCUAUAAUGACUAACCUACAAGAUCAUAACGAACUAAAGGAGAUGACCAAAAAUCCUAACACAAUAACUAUGCUAGAAGAAAGGGUUGACGAAUGGGUGAAAAAAAUUAUGGAGAUACUCAGCGAGAGCGAACAGCUACGUCGUGAGGUAGAUUCCAGCGGGCCACAGGACGAGCUCGAAUACUGGAAGAAAAGAGGAGCACAGUUUUCACAGCUGGUAUCGUAUUUGCAGGAUAAUGAAGUUCAACUAACCCUGACAUGUUUGCAACUGGCUAAUUCAAGAUCAAUUAAACUUUGGCGUGAUACAGAUCAUAAAAUAACAUUUUGCUACAACGAAGCGAAGGAUAAUGCAAAAUUUAUUCAAGCAAUGGAAAAAUGUUGUCAUUCCCUUUAUCUAGAUGAUCCUGUCAAGAUUAACGACUCGAUACUCAGCCUGUUACAAACCGUCCGACUAAUACACAGCGUCUCACAAUUUUACAAUACCUCAGAAAGAAUAUCAUCAUUGAUGGUCAAAAUAACGAAUCAAAUGAUAGAAACAUGUAAGCAGUACAUAACAAGUCGUUUUAAAGAAACUAUUUGGACACAAGAACGUGCGUUAGUUCGCGAGAAACUCUUACACUGCAUCAAUUUGAACAAAACAUACAGAGAUACUUACAUAUGCGUGAAGAAUCAACCUUUUCUACCCAACGUUGAGCAGUUUAGCUUCUCCGAAAACUAUGUGUUUGGUAAAUUUGAUACUUUCUGCAAGAGGCUAAAUAAAAUUAUAGCAAUGUUUGACAUGAUGGACGAUUACAAUAAUUUAUUUGAAAAGAGAAUGGAGGGAUUAUUGCUUGGUGAAGAUUUAGAAGACGCGAUGCACGCUUUCCAAGAGGCUAAAAAAGCGGUCACAACGUGUCAGUAUGACUAUUUAGAUUAUAGAAACAAUGAAUUUGACAAAGACUAUCAAACAUUCGAGGCAAAAACUAACACACUACGAGAAUCUAUUGGAAACACUAUCGAAAUGAAUUUUGCAAGCGUCUGGGAAACGCCACAAGGGAUCAAAUUUUUAACAAGAUUUGAGAAGGUCAGUCAAAAAAUUUUAAUAACAAAACUGAACGAAAAGUACGACAGAGUUUUAAAAUAUUGUGAAAAAGAGGUCGACAAAAUAAUGAAAAUGUUUAAACGUCAAAAGGAUGACCCGCCUUUACCAAGAAAUUAUUCACCAAUAGCAGGUCGCAUAAAAUGGGCGCGUUGUUUGAUGCACAACAUGACUGAGACAGUGGAGAACGUGUGUGCGCACCCCGUGCUGCGCGCGCUGCCCGCAGCCGCCGACAUGAUGCGCAAGUACGCGGCCACGAGCACGCUCAUACAUAACUACGAAGAUACUAUGCGAGCUGUUUGGAUGAACCAGAACUUAUGCGAUGUUGACGAAAGUCUCAAUAAUACGUUAUUAAAAAUUGACGAGUCUGGUCGUAUAGCGGUCAAUUUAGACCACACUAUCAAACUUUUGAUAAGAGAGUCAGACUGCCUUGUCAAAAUGGACAUAGACUUGCCCAUCGUGUGCCACUCUCUUUAUGCCAAAAAGAACUACUUUACAAUCGUCAAUGAUUCUUUGCAGUUUCUGCUAGAAGAUUAUCUUGCUACGCUGCGACGUGUUAAGUUAGAAGUGAGACCACUCUUUCUACCUCAAGUGGUCCGACUUUCCUCGCUUCUACUACCAGGGCUGAAGACAGUUACCUGGACGAGUGAGGAUUGGAAACAGUUCAUUGACCGCGCAAACUCUGCCAUCAAAAGUUUCGAUGUGUUGGUGACGAGGGUGCAUGAUAUAUACUCGAAUAGAAUUAUUUAUGUGCUCGCCGGUAUGCAGGAAGUUUCCCUAGUGAAUUUACCAGAAGAAAAACCAUGGUCUAUGGAGGACUUUAUAGAACACGUGGAAUCUGGAAGCCGUAAUGCAUGUGUGGAGUUGAACCGCAAGAGUUUGAUGGUGGAAGAAGCUGUCGAAGAGGUUUUGGACUUGGUAAAGAAGGCAGCUCAACAAAUCAAGCCUGCAGAAAUAAACCCUGACUUCGAGUUCCUCAUUGCUGAAGACGAUACCCAAACCGGUAGUGGAGCGGCAUCCACUGUGAACGAGUCGACUACCAGCGGGCAGCAGGACUGGUCCGCGGUAUGGGAGUGCUUCGACAACCCACACAAGUUGCUCUCAACACCAGCAGGCGGACUCUCAAAAGGCAUGCAGGAGAUGGUGAAGAAUGCUGUGAGCGAAAUGCGUCGAUAUUAUAGUAGAAAAGUAAUAGACGUGCUCAUCAAAGUAACGCGUCGAGGCCUGGAUCUUAUUAUUAAGCAAUUCUCUAAGGAUAACGACGCUAUUGAUGCUGUAAUUAUUCAGUAG